CACCACGGGGACGCGCCUGCUUGAGCGCUCAGUCCGGACGAGUCCCGGCAAGCAGGCGAUAACGGGGCAAGCAGCUGACGGCGGGCGAAAGCAAAGAAGUAUACCUCUGACAUCUGUUCCUGAGGACAGGCAUAUCAAGACUCCCAGCAUCCAUAGUCUGCAUUGGAAAGAAGGAUAUUCCAAGGAGGCAGGCUGGGACUGUGAUACUCUGGAUAAAUCUUCUUGACAUGGCCAGGCUUUCCAGCUAACCCAGGGAUGAAAAGAAAAACAGCAGCAUAUUCAUGGAAGCCAGUACUACCGAGCAAAGCUUCUCCAUGUGAUCGAUUCAAGCAUGCCUGCUGUAUUAGUAGUGGGUUCCUUUAUGUUCAUGGUGGCCGGCAAAACACUAGCUUGAGUGACUUCUGGAGGUACAAGAUAGUGAGUAAUGAAUGGGAGAGGCUGGACAAUUCAAAAGAUGGCCCAGAAGAAUUGGAAGAGCACACAAUGGUGGAUUACCAGGGUGUUCUCUAUAUCUUUGGUGGAAUGGUAGAUUCUGCUUUCACACAGAAGAAGAAUCCUCUCUGGAUGUAUGAUACUGAUUCAACCAAGUGGAUGGAGUGCCAACUCUCAGCAGUGGAGGGUGAGGGAGCAGCUCCUGUUAAUCGGAAGGGCCAUAGCGCCGUUAUUUACAGGGGCAGCAUGUACCUGUAUGGUGGAUACAUUGACCUUAAGGGUGCUUCCCAAGAAUUCUGGAGCUUAUGUUUUGAUGCAAAACAGUGGGCCCCUGUACCAGCCAUAUCGUAUGGUGGCAGUCCAGGUCCCCGUCAUGGUCACACGGCUGUGGUUUAUGGCAACGACAUGUACUUGUUUGGAGGGCUGAUGGGGCUGAGUGAGCAAAAGGACUUCUGGAAGUGGGAUUUCGUGGCUGCCAACUGGUCUACUAUCAGAAGGAGCCAGGGGCCUCCCAAAGUGGUGGGACACUCUGCUUUAAUCUUUGAAGAUUCUAUGCUGGUGUUUGGUGGAGGAGUUUCUAAUAGUAGGCCAAGCAGUACUCUGUGGAAAUACCAUUUUCCAACUCAAAUGUGGAAAAAACUGGAUAGCCCAACAGAGACUUCAUCCAAAGCUUACCAUUGCAUGUUGGGGAUUGGAUAUGGUUUCCAGAUGACUGCCGAUUCUCCAAGGAUGUCACCCAGCUAUUUGCAUUCAAAGGAAAAAGGCUGUUCGAAGCUAGUGGCUAUCUCUAAGCAGCAUGUCUGUUUCUGUGACUAUAUGGACUGGACGCCGAAGUACCAGCCAUUCAGCAACGAAGAUGGAACAGAAAUAGAAAUGACAACCUUUUGCCAGUCUCAGGAGCAGCCAGGAUUCUGUUCAGCCCAAACCACUUCUAAUGCACAACUGAGUGAAAAUGAAGCAGCAGGCAUAUUGUCCAGGAAAGAGAAAAACUCGUACCUCAACCCUUUACAGGAAAAGGAGUUUGCCACCAUUGACCUGAUCGAGACAGAAGCAAGCUUCAGUUAUCUGGGACCUGACAGUAUGGACAAUAGCCAGUCCUCUGCUGUGCUGCUGCUUGUUGGAGGCAAACCUUUGUCUAGUUCUUCUGCAAUCUCAUUUUGGCAAAUGGAACUGUAAGUUUAAAUGGCGUGCAUAUACUAUGGCAGGAAAACAGCAUGCCUGGUUUUGCUGAAGAGGGCUGUCAGGAAAAUUAUCUGUACUGUUGCUUAUUCAUCUUUCUUGGAACUCAAAUGUCACUUUGUGAACGGCAGUAUUUAGGGAUGACAGUUGUAACACUCUUUACAUUUCCUGGAGUCUCUCAACCCAGGCAAACAAGCCGUGCAGCUAUUCUCAGUGAACUGGUUGGAUCGGAGCACUCUGAUUAAGCAGCUCAACUGUAAAUGCAGCAGAGACAUCCACUAGGCUUGCUAAAUUGUAAUCACAGAUAAUUUAUCUGUGUCAUUUCUAUAGUGCAUUUAAAGCUUUUUGCGAGUUAUGUAAUCCGUACAAGAACCUGUAAGGUGGGUCAGUAUUAUCUCCGUGUUGCAGAUGGGUAGUGGUGGUAAAAGAUAGUGGGAUGAAGUGAUAUUUGAGCUAGAGGACUUCAUGGUUCAUAGCUUUAGUUUCUAAACUGCUAUGUUACACCACUUAAAUCUACAACAUCCCUAGAUGUAAAGCAGGGUGGACUUCAACCUUAGUUUAAUGCAGGCUGAUGUGCCAUCUCCAAGUACUCCAACUACAUGAACCCAUGUAGUUCUUAAGAUAUGUGAAGCCAGAUUGGCCAGUUGAUGACCAGGCUUCUCUCUAGCCAUAUCCAUGAUACACAAUAUAAAUAGAGCAUUCUCUCUCAGAUAUCAUCUACCCCUUUUAGUAUCAGUGCUGGAGCCAGUUUCUAUUUGGCACCCAUUCCCCAACACUUUUUCCUAUUCCCCAGGGAACUGUAAAGCUUACUAUGGGCCCAGUGCUCCAUGCAUAUAAGAAGACCCCACAAAAUGACAACUCAUGAAUUUAGGGUACCUUAAGAAAAGCUGUUCAAUAGUGACCAAGGCCUUUGUAGGUACAGGCUAUACCAAAUGACAUUUGUAGCUAUCACAUGAUUGAUAUGAGCUUGUUUGGAUAAUGUUUAAGGUAAUUUAUUGCUGAACAGGUAUCCUUAUUCAUGCCUUAUUUGUAUCUUUCUAUACUUGCACAAGAUGGAGCCAUGUCCCUUCACUCCACAUUUGUGUGCAAUGUUGAUUCUAUUCCAUAUUAGGUGGUAUAGAAAGAAAGGUGUACUUAUUCCAUGGAGUACAUGAGAUUUUGUGUUCAUCCUUCAAUCACCUUUGCAACAAUGGAGCAGCUAGUAGAUUGCCCACCCCACUUCCUGGCUCUUUGAAACGUUGAGCAUUCUGUCCAAAGAAAAUAUGAAAUAUAUACUCCAUAGAUUAUGCAGAUUUGUGUAAGUUAUUCUGCAUAUACUGCUAAUGGGGAGGGCAAAAAUUGCUAAAUACAUACUCCCUGACCCCACAAACCCUUGGUCUAAUACCAUGCUUGUUUUCAUGCCUAGUUUUGUAACAACAACAAAAAAACACCUUGCAGCAUAGUCCCUUCUUUCCACUGUCUUAGCAGUUUCAUAAGUACUGCUUCAGCAGGUGCUAAUGGCAUAUUCUUAUACUUUUAUAAGUGAACUUAUAUUUUAGACCUUAUUUUUAUAACGUAUUUUAAGUACACUGAACAUUUUAAAAAUAAUUUUGAAUAUAUGCUAUUUCCUACUCUUAGGACUUAAAGUUCAAUAAUGGUAAUUUAUUGUUGGCAAAAGGUCAAAAGUGUAUCAUAUCGUAUUGUAAUAUGGCUGGGUAUUAUUUUCCAUUUGAAUGAGGAUCACUGCAUCCUACCUGUAGCAACUGUGUAAGGCACGCGAAUCUGUAUACUGUCCCUGUUAACACAUGUAACUCCUCUCCUUAAUAAAGUGGGGUCAAAUGUAUUGAAGUUGGAAACAAAUGGUAAGGUAAGGUUAUGGAUUAAAAUUCUAAUUUUAGGCCUGCCAA